UAGGCGAAUCACGUGUUAGAGAGAAACCCGUUGAUCGUCAUGUCUCUGCUGUAGCAGCCAGCGAAAAGCUCAGCCCGUUGCUAAAAGAUUUUAUUAUUUGCCUCCCAGUUGUCUGUCGCUGCACUUUUUGUUUUGACAGCUGCUUUGUUUUCUUUUCUUCUUCAACCUGUUUACCGAAGAAUGAGCGAAAACGAUGACAUCGAAGUCGACAGCGAUGCAGACAAGCGAGCCCAUCACAAUGCGCUGGAGCGCAAACGCAGGGACCACAUUAAAGACAGCUUCCACGGUUUACGAGAUUCUGUGCCUGCAUUACAAGGGGAGAAGAGUUCUGUCAAACAGGCUUCCCGAGCACAGAUUCUAGACAAAGCCACCGAGUACAUCCAGUACAUGAGGCGAAAAAACCAUACUCACCAGCAAGACAUCGAUGACUUAAAGAAGCAGAAUGCACUGUUGGAGCAGCAGGUUCGUGCACUGGAGAAGGCAAAGGGGAACACUCAGCUCCAGACAAACUACUCUUCUGACAGCAGCUUGUACACAAACCGCAAAGGCAGCGCGGUGUCUGCCUUCGACGGCGGGUCCGACUCCAGCUCUGAAUCAGAGCCAGAUGAGCCGCCCAACCGAAAGAAGCUGCGCGUGGAGCCCAGCUAGACUCGGAUCGCCCGCCCCCACCCCACCCAGUUCUCCAAACAGACUCUUUUUGCCCACAAGCCCCAACUCCUCUCACCUGUCCGCACUCAGUCCUGCCUUCUAACGCCAGUCCAGGAGACAAGGUGGAGACUGCGUGAGAGAGGUGCUAUGAUGUAUAAAACGCUUCUACCUUCCUUUUUUCCUCCUGGCAAGCAUCCCGUCACUCCGUUCGUGGCCCAGCAACAACUUUUAAGACCCCCAAAGUGAGGCAGCUCUGCAGUUUUGAAGGACUUUAAGCUCUUUUCAAACCUCAUGUUAACCAUUCAUAAUCAAAAUGUGGAGAUGACAAGGUAUGACGCUUUAGUUAAGCUACACAAAAAAGUUUUUUUCUCUUUUUUUUGGAUAACCUCUGCAAUCUAUUGGAGUUGUGAGACUUUUCGACCUUUCACAAAAUGGUAAUUAGGGAGUGUUUACCUUUUUAAUAUUCAUACUUUUCCAGAAAAGAAUGUGAAGUUGCUUUUGAAAAAAAAAAAAAUGUCUGUUAUGCAAGAUGCAACCCUCCUUAUUCAGUGUAGGUGGCUGAAGUUUUUGUCUUUGAAAAUGUUUGUGUAAUCAAAAAGAAUCCCUCUAUUUAUAGUGACGCACCGAAAAUUGAUUUCUUACCCUCAUGUCUGAUCUCCCUUAUGUUUGGCUUGAGAUUUUCCAGAGAGCACAGGGGGAUGAACAAGUUGACCUGCUGUUUUAGUGGAUUUUCCACAGGUUCAACUAUUUAUUUUCCUCUAUUUUUAUUAUUAUCAGAUAAAAUGUGGGUAUAACAACAAAAAAAAAUCCCCUAAUGGAUACUGAAUGUUACGCAAUGCAGUUCAAAGGCAGCGACCUUUUAUUUUUGUUAAUGGAAGUCCAUUUCAGUGUGUAGUAUAUAACACUGUAUACUCUUUAAUGGUGUCAGUUCUGCAAAGAAAAGCCUUCCCUUGAAAUAUUUGCCUGUGCUGGGAACGUUUAUCUUUCUUUUCUUUUCUUUCCUUUUUGCAGAGGUAAAUUAGUGUGUACGUAAUCAAUAUUUGUUUGUUCCAUUCCAUGGAAAUUACAGGUAUGUUGUACAUACUGCCAACGGUUGUCUUGCAAGUUGAGGCAUACCUUUAUUAUGAGACUAUAAAUAAAACUAUUUUAUCCUUUUGGGAUGUA